AUGGCGAGCUGGGAGCCCUGCUAUCAUCAUCAUCAUUAUCAUCAUCCUCCUCCUCCUCCUCCUCCUGCUGGCAGCCACUCCCGUCUCCGGAGCCCCCAUCGAGUUUCCUGGCCCGGUCUAUUCGUGAGGGUCGAAUUCGGGGUCUCAUUCUCGAAUCGUGGCGAAGAUCCACGUAUAGCUUCCGUGGCGUACGGAACUCCGCGAGGCUUGCAAGAGAGCUUGUAUCGACGGCGCCGGCAGCAGCAGCAGCGGCCACGGGAAGAGCCUGCAUCACCGGGAUGGGAUCCGCACUCUCAGGCGCACGAAGCCGCGAGUUUUGAAAGCCAGCGUCCGUCGUUCACCCCCACGCCGCUUAGCGGGGGUUGUUCUCGCAGCGAGCAUUACGCCGCUGAGCAACAACAACAACAACAACGACAGCCGUAUUACCAUCAGCUGAGAAGGAGAGCAGCGUGUGAGAGGACGGGGGGCGAUGAUAGCCAGCAGAGGCCACGUUCCGCUCCACCGCCAUCGCCAUCCUCUCUAUCCGACCUGCGGUCCGAUCCCUCGAGUCCCCCUCUGACCCCAAGCGGAACUCGGGGCCCUCUCCUACACGCGCCGAGCAUGCCAAUAGGCCGUGUUGAGGAGAGGGUCGUCGACAGGCCACUCCCGCCGCUUCCGUCGCAGUUCCGCUUGGGUGAGGACGACUUGCCUUGGACGACCGAGCCCUGGCUCCUCGAGUAUCCCGAGUCGGACUGCGCGUCGCCACCACCGCUGGUGUGGCGUGCGGACGAGCAGCUCGAGGAUGGGAGACGGGAGGAUCCUCAGCGGGUGGGCAUCCUCGCCGAGCUGCAGCAGGCGAUGUUGACCGUGGACAGCCUGUCGCAGGCUCGGAGCGGCUGGGCGCCGUGGACGCUGGAGACUGCAGAAGAAGACAUGUCUCGCGGCCCGAUGGGUUUGGGAUGGGCCACCAGGUCAGACGAGCACGGGCGAACCUGGUUUCCCCUAUCCUACCGCCCCAUCCUGCACGCCAGGGAGGCCAGCAGCCGCGUUCUAGAAGCGUCGUAA